AUGUAUGAGAGUACACGUAAUAAAGCAUUUAAUCAAUUAAAAACAAAUGCAUUAAGUUCUGUUCAAUAUGUUGAAUUCAGUAUUCCUAGUUGUCAUCGUAUUUCAAAUGAAUCAGCUAAUAUUGGUAAACAUCUUGUACCAUUUCUUAAGUUACAUAUGCCUCAUUUACAAACACUACGUCUUUGGCGACCGGACGAUUUUCCUUGGACAACUGUGCGACCAGAUCUUCCAGAAGGAUAUUAUCGGAAGGUUUUACUUCAACGAUGGAUGAAAUUUUUACACACAUCUGAAUCGAUUGCUCAGCAAGUCACUGUUUUUGAACAAGAUCUUUGUCAAUUAGUAGAACAAUUGAAAUACUUUGUCUUUCUUGAUAUUUAUGGUGUAAUUUCUUAUGAAAAAGCACAAGCUUAUCAUUCAAUGGUUCGAACUCGUUUUCCUAAUUAUCGAAGUCAUGUUGAUAUAUCAAGAUUUUGCCUGUGGCUUUGA